AUGGAACCACCGGGCGGGAGGGAUUCCCGUUUCAACCUCGGCUACAACAUGAAUCUGCUCAGCGGGGAAACGUCCCCCGAGAUCUACGGUAAUCCUAACCUAGGCAGGCCUAGUACGAGUUUACAGCAGCUUUCUCCGAGGCAUACGAUGGUUUCUAGUGCUUGUAAUCGCGCGUUGAAAUCUGACAUUUACGACGAGCGGGGUUUGUCCGGCCAGGGAAUGGGUCUGGACAGCUGCGUGAACGAGAUCAACGAAGAUUCGUAUUCGUUGCAAUCGAAAAAAUCGCCGCCUAGCAACGGCAAAAAGACCAAAGGCCGCGUCAAGAUCAAGAUGGAGUACAUCGAAAAUAAGUUACGGCGAUAUACGACGUUUUCCAAGCGAAAAACAGGCAUUAUGAAAAAGGCGUACGAAUUAUCUACAUUAACCGGUACUCAAGUGAUGCUGCUGGUGGCGUCUGAGACCGGCCACGUGUACACCUUUGCUACCAGAAAACUUCAACCAAUGAUCACCAGUGAGGCAGGCAAAGCGCUGAUCCAGACUUGUCUCAACUCCCCUGACCCUCCCGCAGGCAGUGCAGGAGGCGACCAAAGGAUGUCCGCCACUGGCUUCGAAGAAACGGAACUCACCUACAACAUAUCGGAUGACGACUCCAAAGAAGACGAUUCGGGCAGUGCAAGCAGUAGUGAAGAAAUGGAAACAACAGUCGAUGAUACCAUAGAUUACCAAGAUGCCCAGCAACCUUCAGCUGAAGACCCAUUAGCUGUUCCACUAACAAAAACAACCUCCCAAAACCUUAAUCACAUUGCAACCAAACCUACAUCAAGUGAUACGAACAAACUUGAACAAAAGACAACUCCAAACGAACAAAAUCAGACUUUUAGAUCAACGAAUCCUUUAAUAAUUCCUAGUAUAAAUAUUGCUAAUAAUGCUCAAAAUAUUACUAGUAAUACCAACACCAUAGCGUCUUUAGAUACCACAAUUGCAAAUUCAGCUGUAGGUGCUAUUACAACACCGGCGCAACUAGGAACUAGUAUAGCACCAUCGCAACUAGGAACUGUAUCGUCAGCGCAACUAGGUGCUGGUACAUCCCCAUCGCAAUUAGGGACGAGUAUAACGCCAGCACAGCUAGGUGCUACUUUGACAACUGUAUCAAAUAAUGGACUGCAAGCUCUGCCUCUAGUGCUGCACACGCCUACUGGUAGCGGGUAUGCUUCAACUCCUGAUGGUAUGAUACUUGGGUUGCUGCAAGGUCCUAAUAUGGCACAGCCUCAGAUAGUAGCCAUCCCUAUGUCUAGCGUUGCUAGUAUUAGUGGUGUUAAUGUUAGAACUGUCGGGAAAGACGAUGAAGGAAAAAGUUGA